UGGGACAGUUGUUCCUUGGCAACAUGAGGUUGCAGUAAGAUUCAUGUCUAGUAAUGCUUUGUUUAUUAAACAAAGCUUGAAGUCAGCAUUCUUCCUUUUUCAGUUUACUGGGUUUUUUUCCUGUUGAAAAACACAAGUGAUAUUUUAUCCAACAAGCUAAAAUAUCUUCACAAGGUAACUUAAUACCUCUGACAACACCUGAGAAAUCAUGAUAAAUACUGUGAAAUCAUCUGAAGGUGAACCAUUUUUCCACUUUGAAAGAAAAAGAAAAUUCUCAGCAAAGCAAGAGCUGGCAAGAUAUAGAAGUGAAAACUUUUUGCAACCUAUAACUCUUCCAGAUUUUGAUAUCUGGCAAAGGAAACCUCCUGAUUUCACACCAAAGUUGUAUAGGUCCCUGAACUUGCCAAGAAAGACAUCUAAGAUUACAAACAGUGACAUCAGGAAGACAUCUUCUUAUGAUGCUAUUAAUAAGCUGCAGAUAUUUACAAAUACAAAUAUUUCAGCUGCACUAGACCUUCCCCAAUUUGUAACACGAUUUAAAAAUUUUGGUCCCUAUGAAGCAAAUAUACAGUUUGUGAAGACUGGUCAGUAUCCAAAGGAUAAAUAUAGUAAUCCAAAACCACAUGACUUCAGACAGCUCGAAACCAACAUUCCUGAUUUUGAUACAAGUUGUGAGAGAGAUCCAUUUAAUCUGAAACUGAAAUUGGAACAGAUAUCUGAUGUUAAUGAAUCGUGCCAUACAAUGAAUAUCAGACCUAAGAAUAUACGCUUAGAACGACUUACAACUCAUAAGCCUGCUGAUCCAAAAUGGGACAAGAGUCUAAUUUUUCCAAAAGAGCCUUGGCCACCAAAAUCAGCAUCCUACACAAGACACAAACGGCGACAGAAUGUCCAUAGUGCUUUCAUGGACAGAGUGAACGAGAAGCUGACAAAGGUCUGGCAGGAAGAAUCUUUUAUGAAGCCUAAGAAGAAACUUGAACUGGAAGCUAUAUAGAAGAAAUCAUUUAAGCUGAGUGAAUCUUUUUUACAAGGGGCUGAUGUCUAGUACUAUCAGUGCUUAAAUUGUUUCCAUUCCAUUUUAGCAGACAUGCUAUUAGCAGAACAAAUCACCUGGACUCAUUGAUAGCUUUAAGUAUAACUGCCUUACUGACUUUUCUGUAAGUUUAUGCAGAUGUUAGUAAUAAUCAUAGCCUGCAUUUCUUCUUUUCUACUUCUCUUACUCUGCUAGAAACAUAUACAAAGAGUGCUGUGUAUGUCUGAAAUAUCCAUUGGCUGCAUAAAUUACUUUUCUGUUUGCUGCAAGAAAACUAAUAAUUAAACAUACUUCUAAAUGC